AGGCCUGGGCCGCAGAAAGUGGAUAUAAAGUCGCGACGAGGAAACCUCAACCCAGCAGCAACUCCUUUCCCUGAAUUCUCCAGCAGUGUUUAUCUUUCGCUUCUGCGCCCACUUUGUCCCUCAUUCCUUGUCAUUCAUUUACUCACUCAGAGUCUCACUCACUCAUUCAUUCACUAAUCAACCAAACAAAAGUCACUCAUUGAACCAACCUCGUUACUCUACCCACUUCCAAGCAGACACAACACAACACAACAGUCAAGCAAAAUGAAGACCACACUCCUUUCCGCCUCUAUUGUCCCUCUCCUCCUCGGCGUUGUCUCCGCCCGCACCGACCUUGCCGGCUGCAUCUCCUCCGCAACAACAAACCAGUGGCACGAGGCCUCCAUGAUCUGGUACGUUCCCGGCACGGGCGAGAUCUGUGACAUCCCCGACUGCGGCGGCGGCCGUGCCCCUCCCAAGUACGAUAACCCCGCUUGCCCGGCCUACACUGGUACCGCGACGUAUGAGCCCAGCUACCUCGAGGGAUACGGCCCCGGCGCGGCGGCUACUACCACGACUGUCCAGGCUACCGAGACUGCCCCUGUUGUAGAGGAAACUAGUACCGAGAAGAACCCCGAGACGACCACCAGCAAGGACACUGAGAGCGUGACGUUCACGAAGACCUCGACGCACGUCAUUCCCACUGCAAGCUCGUCUGUUACGAGCCCUGCCGUUACCCCCAGUGUGACUUUGAGCUCAACUACCCGAGGCCCAAGCACUUCUACUACUCCUAGUGCCCCUGGUUUCACUGGUGCGGCCGAUUUCUUGCGGGUCAAUGCUGGCCUUGGAGCUGCUGGAUUGGUUGCUGCGCUGUUGCUGUGAGCCUGCGAGAAGCGUCUUCUUGUCGACUUCGUUAGUUUCGUUGUAUAGAAGGUUUCAUGGCAGGUAUAGCCUGUUUUUGUAUUCUUUUGGGGAUGUUUAUUAGCUUGUGGUGCUUGGCUGUUUGAGGUUAAUCAUCAACAAAAUCUUCCUUUCCCUCCAUUACUGGAAGGAAGCUUCUGAGUGCUGGAUUUUACCCUUCUAUAACCUCAACCUUCGGACGCCGCUCUAUGAAUCCCGAAGCCUUCCUAAUGACCGUCUGUCCAUAUUCCAAAAAGCUCACAACCUCCGUAAUCUCAGCAGGCACAUUUUAUUGUCCAAGCUCAACUCUAGAUAAUGUAACUGAGCCGAUGCAUCUGAAACGUAUGUUGGGCACCUGACCCAACUCCACUAAAUAACUUCUGAUCCCAGCCAACCUCCAUGAACUCUUUCCACGACCUCGAG